AGCAACAAAACAAAACACUACACAAACAACUACACUGCAAACCUCUCUUCCGCAGAUGAAUAAGAUCACUACACAAUCGUCGUAGAACAAACAGCACAAGAGCUAGAAACGACUUCCUCGCCACACACCGCAAAAACCAUCGCAUCCGCCUCCUCACACCUCAACCACAUACACACACAUACACAACCAGCCAAAAUGGAAUCACCUCAGUUGGAUACCCGCCCCAUCUUCUCAAGACGCUCAACCGGCUCCAACAAGUCGCUUUCCCUCGACCUCUCCUCCCUGCCGCCUCUGGUCCAGCCGACGCCGCCCACAAACACCCUCCUCUUCACAAACCUCAACGACACCUCCAUCUUCCGUCCCGACAACCUCCAGACCAUCCGCGACCUCAUUCUCAAGACGGCAUCAGUCCACUCAUGGGCACCCCUCAAGUCCUUCCGCCGCAUCGUCGUCUCCUUCUUCUCAGAGGACGACGCCAUCGCCGUCCGCCGUGUUUGGGACGGUGAAGCCGUCAUGGGAGAGCGCGUCCGCGUCUACUUUGGCCAGCCUACUCCUGUCGAGGUCACCGAUCGCCACCUUGCCCUCCCCGAUGCCGGAAAGCUCUUCUUCAUCUCUCCCCCUCCCUCGCCACCCCACGGCUGGGAGAUGAAGCUGGAGGACGCCCCCAACAAGAUGGUGCACGCAGAGGACCUUGCCGAUGCGCUGGCCAAGCUGCACCACCGCCCGACGGGCAUCGAGACCCCCAUCAGCCCUGUCGACGGCUCAAGACAAACGCGCAGCAGGAGCUCUACCCUACUUUACCAGCCUGACGUCAACGGCACCAGCCCCGAUCUACCCGCCAUCUGCCUGGAAGACAUGACCGACGAGCCUAUGGAGUUCAGUCCUAUCGAGGCGAAGCCCAUCAUGGCGCAUACCUCCCGCCCGCCCGUGGAGCUGAUGAACCACGCAUAAUUCUUGAUAUCAACUAUUUGUUUUUGAAAGAGCGAUCUUGAUCAGGCGUUGGAUGGUACGAUAUUUGGGACUUUGGCGGUUCGGAAACCCUUGGGCACGCAUCUAGCAUCAUCGACACGGGCUUGCGGCGGCGUUUUAUGGAAAGACCACGGCUCGCACAUUGCGGCGGUACAUUAUUGGGGAGGAAUACUAUUCGAAGGGAUCGGCACUUAUCACACUGUCGUUCCCGAUGGCCAACGAGCCAGUUUUUUAGUUUUUUUUUUUUUGCAAAAAAAAGUUUCUACCGUGUUG